AUGAGCUCUAACGACGAUGUUUACCACCACCCUGUCCUAGCUUUCUCUCAUGGACCCGGUCCGCUAUGGCUGCUUAAACACGGCGUGGAAAACCGCACUAGCAAACCAGCUCGUAAUGUCUCGUCCAUCUUUAAAAAGCUCUACCCGGGCGAACAGCACAAACCGAAGCGGAUUCUCUUGGUGUCGGCGCACUGGGAGACGUACCGAAUCGGCUUUGAGAUCUCCAAUUCGCCUGCUCCAGGAAUGCUGUUCGACUACGAAGGGUUUUCCCCGGACGCGUAUAAGGUGGUGUACUCCGCUAAAGGCGACCCUGACUUUGCCAACGAGGUGGCCACGCUCCUGUCGCGAAGGAAGGUCAAGCUGACUCAGGUGCUGCGUGCGUUCGACCACGCAGCGUUCGUGCCUUUGACGCUGCUUCGGCGCCAAGCAGAUAUUCCGGUGGUGACACUAUCGAUUAACUGGAAGCUGAAUGCUCGCGCACAUUUCGAGCUGGGUCGAGCAUUGGCACCACUGAGGGAUCAGGACACACUCAUUAUCUGCUCUGGCCAGGCGACCCAUGGCCUGCGCGGAGAGGGAGACAACGUACCGCAGUCUGGGCUCGACUUCCAGGCGUGGCUGGAUUCGGUACUCACUAAGAGCGAAGAGGGGCAAGAGGAUUUCACGUACGCGCAACGACAAGAGAAGCUGCUAGCAUGGGAAUCCGCACCCGGUGCCCUUGAAGCACACCCGAGAGCGGACCACUUCAUGCCAUUUCUCGUCGCUGCAGGAGCCGGCAUGGAGAAAAAGGUUCCGCAGGCAACGAAGCUAUAUGGCGGCUGGGGGGCUGAUAACCACCUAUCGUACGCGACCUACGCGUACGGCACGUCGCCUCCAGCACAAUAA